AUGAGUUUGAUAAUUGUCGGUGAUGAUGGUCGUUUAAAGACAGUUAGAGAGCAUAAAGUUCCACAAAGUAUAAUAGAUCUUGCAGAAUGUGGUAGAGCUCUAUGGGAUGUCGAGAAAUACACAGCUGAAGAAUAUUUCACCAAAAUCGACGAAUAUAUUAAGAAAAAUGUUUUUCCAGCCCAAACACUAUUUAACCAGAUAUCAGAGAUUUCUCAGGUUCGUGAAAAAUGUUACAAGAAGCUUGGCACCGUAUACAAAUUAUUUGUUGCCAAUUAUCCUAAUCUUAAGGUCAAUCCAAAUACCAACCCAUAUCUUUGUUACUAUAUACGUGAUUCUGGAAUUCAAAUUCCGAAAAACAUUACAGAUCAAUUCCAGCAUCUCAAUGACGAGCUAGCAGACCAAGUUUAUCCAAAAGGUACGAUGAAUCAUGCUUUACUAUGGGAUGAUGUUGAAGAAUUCAAGCAAUCAGUGAUAGAUCUACAAAAUAAAAUUGCUGCCCAAAAUAAGAAAUCUCCAAAGAAAGGCAAGAAGAAACAGGAAGAAGAAGAGGAUGAAGAAGAUGGUGAUUCAAAGAAGCUAAGAAUGCCUUCAAUUGAAGCACUUCUUGGCACUGCUGCUUCAAAUGCAUCAAUCAAUGUCUAUCAGUACAUCAGAGCUCAUCAAAAUGACUUCGAUGAUGAAAUGGAUUCAUGCGAAGAAUGUGGUGUCUUCGAAUCUGUUUUGCAUGAAGCAUUAAUGGGUGGUUCUGUUGAAAUUGCAAAAGAUAUCCUUAAUAACUUUGACGGUGUUGAUUAUCAUAACUACUGGGCCGAUGACAUUGCAAGACAUGGUCAUAUGGAAACCAUGCAAUACAUGGGAAGACACUUCUUCAAUUCCUAUGAUUUGAUUACAAACUUUUUGUUGCAUCAUUUCGUUUACAACUACAGAGUCUUUGGCGAAUUGGAUCAUGAACAAUUUGAUGAAGGCAACACCCCAACGAUGGCUGCAGCUGAGAUUGGAUCUGCAGAAUUGAUCGAAUUCCUCUUUAAGAAGAAACAGGAUGUAAAUCAAUCAGGUUACGAUGGCAUAACACCUCUUCAUGUUGCUGCAAAAAAUGGCCAUCUUGAAGCUGUGAACGUUCUUUUGAAACAUCGCGCAAAAUUCACUACUGACGAAAAUGGUGAGACACCAAGGGAUUACGCGGAAAUGAAUGGACAUAAGGAAAUAGUUGAACUCCUUAAGAAGAAGAAAGUUCAAGAUUAA